AUGCGUGUUUUCACUACGGAAACGGGGCACAGCGCAGCAGCCGCCAGCGAUCGCGAAACCACCGCCGCCAUAAACUCGCCUAAUAAGCUCAGGCUGUUUCAUAUGGACGCACAAAGAUCUCGCGAGAGGUUCGCGCGGCUGUUGGCGGGGGACGCGGAUGGCGCGCAGCAGCUCGGCGCGCAGCUGCAGGGGGCGAGUCUGGAGUCAUCCAGGGACGGCAAUGACAGCACAGAUCCGCUGCUGCUGGCCAUGCUGACGUGGCAUGAAGACAUCACGUACGCGCUCUGCUCGUACCCUGACGAGCUAUGUCAGCAGCAUACCACGCCAGGUGCAGCGGCAGCAGCAGCAGCAGGAGCAGCAGCAGCCGCAACAGAUGGUGCGGCGAUAGAGGGAAAUGCCGAGGCUGGGAAUGCAGAGGCUGGGAACACGGAGGAAGCAGGGGUGGCAAGCAAAGCAGGAGGCGAAGCGGGCCACCAGGGUUCGAUUCCUGCCGCUGUCAAAGCAGCAGUGCUGGCAGAACUCUCUAGUAACGGGUAUCCCAAGGCAUUUCAGGCGCUUGUGUCUGAGGGUCAGGGGUUGGUGCAGCAGGCGCGGGGGAAAUUUGGGGAGCGGGCGGAGGGGGAAAGUCCGGGGGAGGGGGAAGGAGCAGGGGAAGGGGAGCGGGGGGGGAAGCUGCUGGGGGAAGGGGAAUGGCGGGGGGAGAUGGCGCUUCCGCUGCUGGAUAUGUUUGGAACGGUGCAUAGGCUGAAGGGGAAGGUGGCGGAGUGGGUGGGGGGAUGCGAGCGGGUGGCGGAAACCGGGAAGGGAAGCGGGGAGGCGAGUGGGGAAACGAGUGGGGAAGCGAGUGGGGAGGCGAGCGAGGGUGCGGGGGCGGGGGCGGGGGAGGGGGAGGCGGUGGGGGAGGGGGAGCGGGCGUGGGAGCAGUUGGAGGAGGAGGUAGCAGUGGCAGCCAUGGCUGCGCUGCAAGCGGGCAGGGAUGACAUAAUGGCGGAGAUCAGAGCCGUGGCGGCGGAAUGCACGCAGCUGCAAGCUGUGGCGGGCGGCUUCAAGCAAGCAGCCACCCUGCGCCGGCAGUACAGCAAGGGGGGCGGUAAGCCUGCAGGAGCGAAGAGCGGGAAGGCAGGCGGGGCAGUGAGCGCGGGGGCGGACCCGCUGACUGUCUUUGUGGUGGACCGCAUUCGGCAGUUCUCCAGCUGGGACACCAAGCACGCGCUGCUAGGAGCACACAGCAUCACCUCCUUCCCCUCCUCUGCUUCUUCUUCCAAGCGCACCUCUCUCAAGCGCCUCACCAGCACGCCAGCUAAGGCUGCUCUUGUGGCGGCUGCUGUGGCGGAUUCGGGGGAUGGGGCGGAUGUGGGGAAGAAGAAGGAGGAGGAGAAGCCGAAGAAGAGGAGCGGGUUCUUUGGGUUCGGGUCGAAGGAGAAGGGGGAUGGAGGUGGGGGUAAAGGGGCGAAGGUUCCGGUUCAGGAGAUUCUGCGAGGGCUUUAUCUCUUCAACAACGCGGCCUACAUCCAAUCCCUGUUCCCUGACCUGCGUAUGUCAAAGGAAUUCCGGCAGCUUGCAGACACGCAGAUGAACCGCUUCCUGGACGUGCUGCUCAAAGAUGUGAGCGAUGAUGUCGUCCAUAGGAGCACCACCACCAACAUUUCUGCAGCCGAGUUCCAGAAAAGGCUUGAUGCAUUCAAUGUAGCGUUUGAAGAGCUCUGUUUCAACAUGCGCCGAUUCCACGUGCACGACUCAGUGGCACGUACGCAGAUCCGAGGCGUGUGUCACGAGCGAAUCCUCUCCACCUACAAGGAGUUCCUCAUGCCCUUCAGGGAGGACUUAGUGGGCUUCCCAGAGUACCGCUGGUCUGUCAGCAGUGCCAAGCGAGUCAUGCAGAAUUUUUUCAUAUAG